GAUUGUCGUAUUCUGGAAUUUAAGCCGGAUUUGAAAGAUUUUUCUUUGCAAGGUUUCGUUAUCAAGAGCUUCGAGGUACAAAAAGAAAGUGACUGUAAAGCGAGGUGCUUUCAGGAACACAACUGUGUUUCUCUCAAUAUUGGUCCCUCGGGAAACAAUGGAGCUUAUUUGUGUGAACUGAGUGAUUCUGAUCAUGAGAUGCACUCUGAGGCGCUCAAGCCAAGAGAUGGCUUCACCUAUCACUCGACUGAGGUUAGUUUAACAAGCAAGAUUGGAAACAAUUUUUUUCCAGCCUUAUUUUGCAUAGUAAAUUUAUUGAACGCGUUCGAUAUGAUAUAAUGGAAUCAAUAUGUAGCGCGUUUUGCUAUCAUUAGGCAUGUAAUAUAUAUAUAUAUAUUUUUUUUUUCCAUAUUUUUCACUUUAGCGUAGACUUCCUUCUAUCCAUUCGUAUGCAUCGUAUCGUAUGUAGCUUGCCGGACUUUAGAGCACUUUACAUGCCAUAUUAGGAAAUUUGCGAAGCGCAGCGUAAGACCUCAGUAAUUUGUUAUGACAAAUGGAGCAAACACAUGACAAACAAGUACUUCGAAUUCGAACAAAACAGUGGUAAUCGCAGGUUAGCUAAGAUCUAAGUGAUUGCAGAGUAGAAACCUGUGGAGGGAAAAAAAAAUCAGGCAUCGAUGGGAUUCGAGCCCAUUCCUCCCAGAAACUGGUUGGUUGCUGCAAGUUUGUUUUUUAAAUUUUUAGAACGCUUGUGUGAAGAAUCCCUGCCUUCUUCAUCAGUCUUGUCAAAAUGGCUUCACGGAUAAAGGAUACCGGUGUGUAGGUAAAGGUAACAUGACUCAGUUAGUCUUAAUCCUGUAAAAGGUGGACGGUAAAGCUGCCAAAGCAGAGCACUUAACGAUUUAUUUUUGGCAAAAGAUGGCGGAAAUGUUAAAACGAAAUAGAGGAAGCUUGUGCUUGAUAACAUUGCAUCCUAUAUAAAACAAGUUGAAUAACAACAAUACCGAUAGAGAAUAUAAAGAGCGUUUUUGUAUCGAGUGUUACGGAAAAGCAGUCUAAGUAUAUUUUUUUCUUCAAUUGCCAUCUUUAUCUACCUUUGCCUUACAUUUCAUUUUUUUUUUUCGGUGACAUGCUCGGUUAAAAACAUUUUCAUGAAAGUAAUAAUCAUAACAAUAAUGAUAAAGAAGUUUCCUCCAACAGGUUUACCAGUUAUUCCUCGUUCUUUUUUUCCAGAGUUGCCCAAUUCAACUCCAAAUGAGCCAAAAACCUCUACAAACCCCAUUGGUAAGAGAACUAAAUGUUUUCUAUAUCUUUGUUAUUUUACUGAAUGUGAAACUUAUUUCUCCUCGGGAUGUUUCAAUUUAGUGGCGUUCAAUAGAUAAUGCAAAUACGGGCGACGUUGUCGCCUGAAAAGGAUUGGGAAUAAAUAUAAAAAUGGUCAUGUUUCAUAAUGGAACUGACAACAUCAAGAGGCAACUAUAGUAUUCAUAGCAAGGGCGUAUUCAUCACGAUAAAUAAACGAAAUAAUUUGUUACGAAAUCAAGCGGCUUCUUCCUUUCUUUUUCUUUUUUUUUUUUUUUUUUUUUUUUUUUUUUUCUAGAGUUGCCUAGUACAACUUCACAUAAGGCAGAUACCUCCACGAAAAUGAACGGUAAUACAGAUUCUCUGUCAAUAAAUAUUUAAGCAAAUAUUUUAAAUUGCAUGUAGCCUCCCUUUUCCGCAUAAAAAAAAUCGAUCAAUUUUCAUUUCCCCCGAAGAAGUCGCAAUGACCUCCAUAAAACAUUUACAAGCUGCCUGUGGUAAAAAUAACCGCAUUUAUCGUGUCACUUGUAUCAUAACAUUUUUGUCGCUCCUUUUGUUAAAGAAUGAAUUGACAGCAUGCAGCAAUUAACAACCAGCAGAUUACGAACUCCAGAUUUCUAUUGCUUGAUAGUUGACGAGAAAUAAAGACCCAACUAAGCUGCCGGCUUGUUUGACACUUUGUUUACUCAAUCAGUCGAAUUAUACAUCACCAAUGUAUUAUUUUCCUUUCAUCUAGAAACUCCAAGUCCAAAUUUCUAUUUGAGCAACCGGUUAUAUUUAACCCUUCCAAUUUGAAGCCCUUUGCUGCUUAUUCUUUUUAGAGUCUUCCAGUUCGCUUGAAACCCUACCAAAAACUAUCUCCACGAAGCCAACUGGUAAUACCAUCAAAGUUCUCUUGCACCCACUGAAAAAUAAUGAACUCUAAAUCCCACUUUUGUUUCUUCUAUCUUUUUAUUUGUCAAUCUAUUUCUUCCUUUGUUUCUUUUACUUUAUUUUCUCUCAUUGAAUUUUUUUUUGUCCAGUGUUACCACCAACGGUAUCAAGUACUGCUGCUUCGCCUACCAUAGUCGUUGGUAAAUUAAAAACAUGUAUUACAUUUUUUGUCAAUGUUCCUCAUAAAAAUUGAAUUUAGGAUAAAUGCACCUUGCACCAACAGUGUAGUAUUGCCUCUUUAGGCUGUUUUGUGGGUCUGCAUGUGGGUCUCACAAUAGUCAAGCCUCCUCUUAUGCGUAGAAAAUUAAUCCUAAAAUGGACAUUUUUCGGUCCUUUUUUGUUAAAAAAGAAAGAAAUGCAGAACCCCCUUGCAGUACCAUAUAUUGGGAGGGUGGGUUUUGAGAAAUUUGAGUUGAUCAUGAUAAAAUUUACCUGAUCACCCCUGAAGGCUCUGCUAUAGUCUUAAGACCCUCCCCCCCCCGCCCAAUAGCAAUUGAUUGGCAGUUAAUUGACUUAUCCUCACUCCGCUUCCCUGAAAAACAUAUAGUUCCCCCAAAAAUGAUCCCACACCCCCACUUACCCCCCACCUCCUCCCUGGCGAUAAAUGUUUCCUGACCUGACAACUUUCCAUUGAAGAUAUUAACCGGUGCACUAAUGACAGCAAAGUAUGUGGUGUGAAUGCGACGUGCAUAAAGACUGAUUACUCUUAUGGCUGCACCUGCAAAGAAGGAGUCACGAGAGCUGGAGGGUUUUGUUCAGGUAAAUUGAUUCUAAAGCAUCAAAAAUGUUCUUUAAAUGCCACCAAAUGGUUACUUACUACUUUGAAAAACUAGAAGAUAAUGGAUUAGAAUAAGAAGUACGAGGGACUUAAAGUAAAAUCAAUUUUUGGCGUAAACAUAGAGAAUUUGAAGGGGAAAAAUUCUUAAUUUCGCUAUAUUUGGCAAAUGGCGAAGAUGCUUGCUGAUAAGUGGGUAGAAAUGCUUUUUAAGUUUUCUUUCGUCUUAGAAUUACUUUGCUUAUCCUACAUUUUCUAAAUUAUUGUCAGAUAACAAAAUAUUACUAGAUCUGUGUCAGAUCAUAUUCAUAUUAAUAGAACGAUUUAAACUGUUUAUAGAAGACACUAGUCUGACGAAAUAUCACUACAUUUACGUCUCUACAAAACAUCUCCACGCAACGAACAAAAGAAAAAACACCUACAAUCAGACAAAAUAAAAACGUUAUCUACCAAGAUCGAUUCUUAAAGAGAAAAGCUGUGCCCUCUGGUGCUCGAGGCUUGGGAUAUAGUUCUAUCUAGGACGACCUAGACCCCUUGACAAGUGACAUAUAUUCAACUGUGAAUAUAAACCAGAUAUCCAAUGCUUAAACAGAUGACGAAUGUCGCACCAUUAUUUUCCAAACUCCAAUACACAACAAAGUCAUAGAGGGCAACGUCAUCAGAACUGAAGAGGUUUCACAUCAGGGGAGCUGUAAUGAAAUGUGUUAUAUGGAACCUAGCUGUGUGUCCAUGAACUUUGGACCCAAGGUGGGAGGAAACUUCACCUGCGAAUUGAAUCAGGAUCAUUCUUCGGAGGGAGACCAAAGCCCGCCUGUUCCACAAAGAAAAAAAGGUCACAUUUAUCUCGCUAUUGAGGUAAGAUGGGCGAUUCCAUAGUCAGCUGUUUCCUUCUUUUAAAGUGAGUAAGUUUCUCAAGAAACUGUGGUGCUGUGUCGGUGGAGGAGGAGGCCUGGUAAUACAAGAUAAAUUUCCCUCUAGAGCUGACGGUUGUAGCGUAAGUACAUCGUGAGGGCAAAGGGCAAAAAAUUCACACAUUUGCAAUGCUUUUGCGAAAGACUAACGCUCCAAACAUCAGCAUUAACAACAAAUUAUCCGGUAAUUCCCAUCUGAAAUUACUCGCGCAAGGGAUUAGGAGAAAAGGAUUAUAACGGUUUUCUAUCGGGUACGAUGAUUGGAAGACAUAUGCUUGGUAUUGGUAUGAUUUGACUCUUUAAGAAUCUCGAAAGUCCAAGGAUGAUAACAAAAUAAGGGAUAAUCCAUUUUUUCUUUAAACAGAAUCCCUGCAGCAGCAAUCCAUGUUCAAACAAUGGCACGUGUCAAGCUGGAUACACUGAUAAAGGGUUUCGCUGCAAAUGUCCUUCAGGGUUCACUGGAGCACACUGCAAUGAAGGUAGAUACAGAACUGUAAAGGGGAAUUUAUGAUAUCGAAUGAGAGUCAUAGAGUAUUCUGCGGGAUAAAAAUUUCCUCUUUUUUCUUUCUCACUAGCUUGCAGCUUUGACUUUGAAGAUGGAAUCAGCGCAUGGGAAAUGACAGGCACAGCUUUCAUUUACCAGCCAACAUUUGGUGACAAUCCAGUGGCACGCCGUAGAGAAAGCGCCAAUCAGCAAGGGGACUGGUGGGUAGGGGGAGCUGAGAAACGACCCAGCGAGAGCGAUCCUGCGGGAAAACUGUACGGCGACUCACCCAAGGGAACUCUCAUUUCUCCUUGUUUCCGUAUCGCUGGCAGAGAUAUCUCGUUUCUCAUCGGUGGAGGAUGUAGCAUAAGUGAUAUCCGUGCGGAGCUUAUUGUCGACAACCAGGUGAGAUUAUCACUUUGACCAUUAUGUUUCCUUUGAUUCUUUAGAAACAACCUGGGUAGAUUUAUAAACGUAUCAGAUAUUUAGUCUUUCAAAAUUGCGAAACCAUUUUGAGGUACGAGAUAUCUAUGAGAUUCGUUUAGGUUUAUAAUAAGCUAUUUACAAGGAAAAAACAUAUUUUAAAAAAGAGCCAAAUGUUUUCGACUCCUGGUCAUCAUCAGAGUAAAUGAUAGUGACUCUAAAAACGAUCUAUAGCUAGUGCCGAAAACGUUUUGUUUUUACUUUUUAAAUAUAUUUUUGCCUUUUCGAUGGCUCAUUUUGAGUUUCCUCGAGAGAGGUUCCAAGAGGGAACCAACCUCGCGUCUGGCACAUUUUAGUUGUCUUUGGCUUAUACAACGUUGAAACAAUUUUUUUUUUCUUAGGUGCAGAGCAAUCAGCACAUUUAAUGCCGUAGUAUAUUGCUUCAAUAAAAAAGCGUCUGCUCCUUAUUUGAAAUAAUCAUUAUAAAUAUGUCGGCAUUCAUCAAAACAAAGGUUUAAAACUGUUUGAUAAGUUUGCUGUUACAUAUAGGUUGUCAGAACAGAAACAGGCAACUGUAAAGAGACAAUGUAUCGUAAGAGCUGGGACGUAAAAGAAUUCAUUGGUCAAUACGCCCAAGUCAGACUAGUUGAUGAGAGGGAUCGUGUUUGGGGUCACAUCAACUUUGAUGACCUGAAGGGAGAUAUUAUUUGUCCUCACUAUUCAGACGAAAACAACUGA